AUGAGAGGAGGGCAGCGACUUGCUUACCUGCGGGAACCCCUGACGGCGCACUGGAGGUCUAGGCACCUCCGGAACUUGAGGAACUGCAGUGACGAUUUUCCCACAUCGCACCCACCGCUCCCCGUCUUUGGCGUGGUGGGCCAGAUGUCUGCCCAUGAGAUCACGGCCGGAAGUGGGAGUUCCCAUGGCACAGAUCCGAAGGCACAGACCCGAAGGCGCAGACAGCCGGCCUCGUCACACACACUGCUGCUCCGGGCGCGCACUGGCGCGGAUAGAGCGCGCAGGCAGGGCGCGGUGGCGUUGAGCCAGGUCACUGGCAAAGCCACCUUGGGUUCCCUUGGGGAGCCCGGCGUGAGAAUUUGGACACAGAUUUCCGGGCCACCAAGGCCGGUCGAUGCCAGACACCGAGGCCUUGAGUUCUGCUCUGCGUCUGCCGCCCGUUGGAUUAGAUGCGUCCAUCCUGUGACCGGCGACUCCUGCUCCUCCAGGUCCUCGGCUGCGGAAGUGGUGGCCAGCCCAAGGGGUCUGUGUCCCCCCCGGUCUGUGGACGUGACCGUGUUCACGACGUCCUGUGUCGGCGGCCAGGGCCCCGCAGGGCUCAUUCCCCGACCCAGCGCGGGUCAGGUCGCUGUGCAGUCCCGGGCCUUCGGGGAGUUGCCUUAUCCCAUCAAAGGUGUGAGCUCCGUUCUCGGCUCGUCGCGUCACUCGGAACCCACCUCUCGCUCGGCUCUUCCCAGCCGCACCGCCCAGCGCGGGACCCAGGGCGCGGCUCUGCGGCUGGGGGGCCCCGGGCCCCUACAGGCACUUUCCACCGGGAGUCCUCUGAGAAUACGCGGGCGCCGUGCUGACGAUUCCAAACGUGGGCCAGUGGGUGACACUGCCGCCUUCGCUUCGGGAGCUGGAGGGGGCCACGAGCGUGGCUGGGGGGCCGUGCCCGCAGCCACCAGCGCAGGCUCGCGCGCUCCGGGGGAGACUCGGCCGCCCCCGACAGCCGGGCCAGGUCCUUCGGCGCCCAGGCGGCUGCCUCGGUUCCCC